AAAAAAACGAUGCACGCCGCGUAAAUCCACCGAUGGGCCGGUAGAGAAUGAGCCAGCGACGGGUCGGAAACAAGUUCUCACCGGUGAAAAAAGGCCGCCACAACAACAACUUUCCAUUUCAUUUUUUCUGUGGGCGAUGAUCGUCCAGAUGGAGGAACGCAGCAGAGAGCGUGCAUUCGCUAGGUUCGGUUAGUCAGUAGUAGGUGGAGCUUUCAGUAGUAGGUAACAAUCUCGGUUCACAAUGCGGCUCAGAGUGUUUCUGGCAAUUGCGGUUACUUUUGCGGUCAAGGGCGUAGAAUCUUCGCUGGACCAGGUGAUCGUUCGAACGACGAAUGGGCCGAUCCGGGGUGUAAAACGUGAAAACUACUACGCUUUCGAAGGUAUCCCGUACGCAAAGUCUCCAACGGGAGAGUUUCGUUUGGCUGCUCCGGUGUUAAAUGACGCCAUUUGGGAGGAACCGUUGGAUGUGUCGAAGCCUGGCCCCAAUUGCAUCCAGUGGAACCAUUAUGUACAGGGUGAAGACAAACUUGUCGGUGAGGAGGAUUGUUUGUAUUUGAAUGUUUACACAACUUCGUUGAGUAACAACAGGGAACCUCUGCCAACUAUUUUCCACAUCCAUGGAGGCGCUCUAAUGUUUGGAAGUGGAGAUUUCUGGAGACCAGAUCACCUUUUGGAGAAACCUUUCAUUUUGGUUACGUUCAACUAUCGUCUGGGACCACUCGGGUUCUUGAGCACCGAAGAUGAUGUUAUUCCGGGAAAUUUUGGACUCAAAGAUCAAGCGACGGCCUUGGAGUGGACUCGAAAAAAUAUUCACUUGUUUGGAGGUCACCCAGAUCAAAUAACCGUUACGGGAUACUCGGCCGGCUCUUCUUGUGUGCAGCUGUUCUAUUUAUCUCCCAUGACAAGGGGAAAGUUUAAAAAUGCUAUAGGCCACAGUGGCUCAGCUCUGAAUCCGUGGGUUUUAGCGGAGGAUUCCAGUGAAAAGGCCCAGAAAAUCGCCACAGCUGUCGGUUGUUCUACUCGAUCAACCCGAGAGAUGUUGAUGUGUCUUCGAGAGCAACCCGCAGAGAGAUUAGUUCGAGCCGUAACGGCCCUAUUCGAUUUCCUGUACAAUCCAUUCUCUCCCCUAGGGGUGGUUAUCGAACAUGAAUCGAAGGAAAACCCUCGACCGUUCCUAACCGAUCAUCCAUACACUCUAAUGGAGCAGGGGAAAUUCGAUCGGGUUCCCCUGCUGUUAUCUGUCAAUGGAGCCGAAGGACUUUAUCCGGGGGCAGAGUUCCUGAGCAAACCGGAGUAUCUCCAAAGGAUCGAGAAAGAGUGGAACCGAUUGUUGCCCUCGAUUUUAGACUACAAGAGUGGUUUUAAAAGGAACGAAGCUAGGAUGAAUGAGAUCAGCGAGAUUAUCAGGAAGCGGUACCUUGGAGAUGAACCUCUUAGUGAAGAUAACUUUCUGGAGUUGAUAAGACUCAUGUCCAAUCGUCUGUUCUUCGCGGGCGUUGUUGAAUCUAUUCGGCUUAUGCAACGGUACAUUCCGGUCUACUUUUAUCUGGACCAGUACAAGACGGCCUUCGGUGUGGGCGAGUAUUUGAGCGAGACCGGGAAAAAUCUGGGCUGUGCCCAUGGCGAAGAUGUUUGGCUGAUACACAAUAAUGACUUCCGCCGAGAUGUCCCUUACAGCGACGAGGAACGAUUGAUGGCCAGGCGGUUCGUUGAAAUGUAUGGCGCAUUCACGAGGGAUAGUGUGGCCAAAUUCGACCGCUUUGAGAUACCGAAAACUUCCGAUGGAGGAGAUAAGCUACAGUUUUUAGAAAUAAACUUCCCGGAUAGUACUUUACGCAGCGCCGAGCAGUUGAAUGAUGAAGAUUUUUGGAAUCAAAUGGAUUUCAACGAAGGUGUCCCGGAAAAAUUAGCAUUGACAAGGGAUGAACUAUAAUUUAACAUUAGUUUAUGAUUUCAUAAUAUUAAUCCGAAUUUAGAGCAAUGAUCUAGAAAAUAACUUUUGUGCUGGUAGCUUUUAAGAAAAUUAAAAUGUGCUUGAUUAGAACGUCUUUAAUGCUUUCUUCCAGGCAGACUAAAUAAAAUUAUAAGUUGAUAUAUUUUAGUUGUUUUUUUAAAGACAGAAUGAAAGUUAUUGAACAAACAAAAGUUAUAAUUUGAAAAAAAAAUCUUGGA